UAAACGAGUCUCGCGAUAUUUUACAUCCGGGGUCAAAGUUGACAUUGGCCAUGUGUAAAUGUUGCGGUAUCCACAGAAUAACUGUCUAUAUAGCUACAUUUUGUACUUAAAGUAUAGGAAUAUAUCACUUCGUGUGUAAGGAUUUAGUUUUAAAGGCUUCCUUGAGUUUUGAGGAGGUUGUAUAUUUCGUGAAGAGAUUUCUUAAAGUUAGUUUUAGCUCUAUUUUCUGCUCUGCUGCGGGCUAGCUUCCGUAGUUUAAAUGAACCAGCUUGCAUCAUUUAGCAGUGAGAUGUUGAUCUGAAGGCUCGGCGUGACAUGCUGAAAACCGGAUCACUGUUAAGUGCCUUACUGAAACCUGGACUGACGUUACAGAGAAGAGGUAGUUUUUUAUCUUUCCUAAACAAGAUGACCGAGGCACUCAAGGACGAGCAGUCAGCUAAGCUGCUGAAAAGAGCCAAUGAAGAAAAUGAAGACUCUACUGAGAGGCUGCAGGAUUCGAAAAGAAUAAAAACAGAGGGGGAACAAGUUGAUGAUGACAAGAAAUAUCCCAAAAAGAAAGUAGUCCUUCUCCUGGCAUACUCUGGAAAGGGCUACUAUGGCAUGCAGAGAAAUCCAGGAAACUCUCAAUUUAGGACCAUUGAAGAUGCCCUGGUCACUGCACUUGUUACUUCUGAAUGCAUUCCUGAAAAUCACGGUGAAGACAUGAGGAAGAUGUCUUUUCAAAGAUGUGCCCGGACAGAUAAGGGUGUGUCUGCUGCGGGCCAAGUGGUGUCACUAAAGCUGCGACUUAUUGAUGACACAGUUGCUAAAAUCAAUGAGCAUCUGCCGCCACAGAUCAGAGUAAUCGGUCUCAAGAGGGUGACUCAGGGUUUUAACUCCAAAAACAACUGUGAUGCUCGCACAUACACCUACAUGCUUCCAACAGUGGCUUUUUCCCCCAAAGACUAUGACACAGCAGAUAUAACAGGCUUUCGCGUUGAGCCAGAGACACUUCAGAGGGUGAACCAUCUGUUUGCUUUUUACAAAGGUACUCAUAACUUCCAUAACUUCACCUCUCAGAAGGCAGCAAACGACCCCAGUGCCCGUCGCUACAUCACGGAGAUGUCCUGUGGAGAGCCAUUUAUGUGCAGCAGUACAGAGUUCGCUGUGAUCACAGUGCGAGGCCAGAGCUUUAUGCUGCACCAAAUCCGUAAAAUGAUCGGCCUGGUGAUCGCAGUGAUUAGGGGCUACGCAAAGGAGGAUGUGAUGGAGCGGAGCUGGGGAAAGGAAAAGGUGGAUGUGCCCAAAGCUCCAGGGCUGGGCCUGGUUCUUGAAAAGGUUCACUUUGACCGGUACAAUAAGCGGUUUGGAGGGGAUGGGCUGCAUGAGCGGCUGGAGUGGGACACCGAGGGGGAGGCGGUCAAAGCCUUCAAGGAGGCUCACAUCUACCCCUCCAUUGUGGAGACGGAGUGUCAGGAGCGCUCCAUGCUCAGCUGGAUGGCCACACUUCCAAUCCACGACUAUGAAGCGUCAGCUACAGAUACUCAACAGAAAAAAGAAAAGGACAAUGCAGAGAUUAUUGGAAACGACUCAGAUUAAGUCAUCCUACGUGCUGAAAGAAGACAUUUUCUCAACAAAAAAUUAUUUCCUUUUGGGAAUAAGCUUUUGUUUCUAUGUUUGACAUUUUAUUUUCCAAUAUUUACUUUUCGAGUGGGAUGAACUUCUGCUUUUCUUAUAUUUGUUAAAAACAAAGAUGUUAAUAAAGACCUUUCUCUUUCUAUACCUUGA